GAGUGCCCACUGCUCGCGCUCUGCUCCUGCUGCUGCUCAUCGUCUGCUCUGCUGUACUUGCUGUUGCUGUACUACAUAGACCACAUCUCCCUUUCCUUUCCUAAUAUAUCAUGACCACCACCACCACCCCCAAUCCCCCAUCUGCCCCUUCUACCGACGCUACCUCCGCUCCUCCCACUCAGGUCCCAUCGUCACGCACUCCCAAUCCGUCGGAGGUUGGCUGGCAAUUCGUUCCUCAAUACUACACCUUUGUGAACAAACAACCGGACCGAUUGCACCAGUUCUACAACAAAAAGUCUACUUUCGUGCAUGGCACAGAAGGAGAUGAGGGGAGGGUCUGUCUGGGACAACAGGAGAUCCAUGCUCGCAUAACCGAAAUCGGGUUUCGUGACUGCAAAGUGUUCAUCCACUCUGUUGACGCGCAGUCUUCUGCCGAUGGGGGUAUCAUCAUUCAGGUGAUCGGUGAGAUGUCGAACGACGCUGAGCCGUGGCGCAAAUUCGUGCAAACCUUCUUUCUCGCCGAGCAGCCGAAUGGGUACUUUGUUCUGAACGACAUUUUCCGGUUCCUCAAGGAGGAGACGGUGGAGAGCGAGCACGAGAGCGAGGAUGCGGCGAGCGAGGUCGUCGAGCCGGAGCACGCGUCCGUUUCCGUUGUCGAGCAUGCUGCUGCUGUCGAACCCGUGGUUGUCGAGCCCGUCGCUGUCGAGCCUGCACCCAGAGAGCCCACUCCUCGCGAACCUACUCCUCCGCCCGCUGUUGAAGAGCCUCCUGUUGCCGAGGCGCCUGUUGAGAUUUCGCAACCGAAAGCAGUGACGCCACCCCCGGCACCUGCGCCGGCCCCGGCAGCAGUCCCAGCACCGACCCCGGCACCAGCGCCGGCACCAGUGCAAGCGCCUCCUCCCGUAGCUGCACCCAUACCGGCUCCGGCUCCCGUACCCGCCCAACCGCGUUCGUGGGCAAACCUUGCCGCUGCGAACCCGAAAAAGUGGGGAUCGACCGUUGCUGUGGACUCUCGAGGGACAUCCGAGAUCGCGCCGGCUACAGUGCAGAUUCCCGCUCCUGCUCAGCCUCCAGUUCAGCAACAGCAGUCCCCGGCCCCGGUCCAACGACAGGGUCAGCCGCAGCAGCAUCCCAGUUAUGCUGCGGCAAUGAGCGUGACGACGGCCCAAUGUUUCGUCAAGGGUGUUCUCGAGCCAGUGACGAUCAAUGCUCUGCAGACCCAGCUGACAAAUCGCUUUGGCCCACUCAAAGAUCUGGAGAUUGUACGCAACAAAGCGUGUGCAUUCUUCGAGUUCUUGAGCCUGGAUUCUGCACGCAAAGCAAUCGCGGCCUCUGCCUCAGUCGCAGGGUGGUGAGGGAGGAUUCUGGAUCGACAUGGGGCCUGACAGCACGUUCAGAAUCUCGAUCGAGACAAGAAAAGAGCGCAGCGAACGGCCAGCUAGCCGACCGCGAGGUGGAGGUCCGAUGGGUGAUGGGCAGCGGGGUCGCGGUGACGGUUUCAGAGGUGGCCGGGGCAGGGGCCAGCCUCGUGGUGGGCCUCCUGGCAAGUAAAAUUCUGACAAUGCAUGGCAAUGUCAUUGUUGGUCUUCAUCCAUCACACUUUACUUACUUACCACGCAAUCACUACUAUCUCAUUUUGGGUCUUGAGAAUGCUCGGGA